CCUUCCUUCCUUUGCUUCUCUCAGAAAGCUUCUCCCUUUUUUGGAGCCUAACGCGGUUUGGGUAUCGGUUUCAUGCGUGUGCUCUGCUUUCCCUUCCCUCUGUUCUUCUUUUUCCGCUUUCGUCCUGGGAGGAGCGUCCUCCGUCCUUUGUCUUGCAGCUUCCUCGGCUUCUCUCGCAUUCCCCUGUUCUUCAUCUUAUACUUUCCUCUCUCUCUCUCUCUCUGUGCUUUUACCCUUCUGGUUCGGAGCGUCGGAUCUUCUUGCGGUCGUUGCGUUCUCCCAUUUUGUUCGGUUGCUUCGCUGGUUCAACCAUUACGUUUUUGCUCAUUCAUUCAAUAACUUCGUUACUGCCCUCUCUCCCUCCCUCUCUCUCUCUCUCUCUCUCUCUCUCUCUCUAAUAAACUCAAUUCCAGAAACCAACGGAUGCACAAACCAACAGUUCACAUUGUACGCAAGACCCACGUUUCUCAAGAAGUUCUGGUUUUUUAACUCCGAAAUCACUUCUUCAUCACCAUCUCAGUUCUUCCUUUCGGGCGUUCGCCGGUGAUUCUUCCUCCCUUUUUUUUUUUUUUAUUUUUUAUAAAACGAUUCGCAAACCAUUUUCCCCUGUUUCUGUUACAUAUAUAUUCCAUAUAUAUUCCUGAAGUGACCUUUUCAGCGCUGGGAUCUUUCCCUCGCGUUCCUCCACGAUCUCGCUUUACGUGCGCGUGAGCCGCGCACAUUCCGCCCAUAUUCCAAAACCCACCUCACAGAAAGCCGUUUUUUUCUCUCCCUUUCCCUCUCCAAAGUGAACCUCUCAAUAAGGAGGAGCUUCUUUUUCGCCUUUUCCGUUCUGUCCUCCCUCUCUUUUCAGUAAAAUCCCUGCAUUUCCCGGGAAAAAUUCAGGGGGGCGGAGAUGGAAAAAUUCGAUCUUUUCAAGUGGGUCUUGUGCGGUAGCAUUGUUCUCUUCGGGGUCGGUUGUGGUCGUGUCGAUGGGCUCGGUGUGAAUUGGGGAACAUUGGCGACCCACAAGUUGCCUCCCAAGACGGUGGUGCAGAUGUUGAAGGACAAUGGGAUUCAAAAGGUGAAGCUUUUCGACGCGGAUCGUAAAACGAUGAGCGCCCUCGCGGGGAGCGGGAUCGAGGUCAUGGUCGCGAUCCCGAACGAUCAGCUCGCCGUCAUGGGCAGCUACGAUCGAGCCCAAGAGUGGGUGAAGAAAAAUGUCACCGCCUAUAACUUCACCGGAGGAGUUAAUGUCAAAUAUGUAGCUGUUGGAAAUGAGCCUUUCCUCAAAUCCUACAAUGGCUCAUUUGUGAAUACCACCUUGCCGGCCCUUCAGAACAUUCAAAAAGCCCUCAAUGAAGCUGGGCUGGGAGACACUGUGAAGGCGACAGUUCCUCUAAAUGCCGAUGUAUACGAAUCACCAGAAGACAACCCACUUCCAUCCGCCGGAACGUUCCGAAGCGACAUAAGUGAUGUCAUGACCCAAAUCGUCAAGUUCAUGGCUGAGAACAAUGCACCCUUCACCGUGAACAUUUACCCGUUUCUGAGUCUUUACGGCAAUAAUGACUUCCCUUUCAAUUAUGCUUUCUUCGACGGUGCAACUCCAAUUGUUGACAAGGGGAUUGAGUACACCAAUGUCUUUGAUGCCAACUUUGACACUUUGGUGUCGGCUCUUAAAGCAGUUGGACAUGGGAACAUGACCAUCAUCAUAGGCGAGGUGGGUUGGCCCACAGAAGGUGACAUAAAUGCAAACAACGGUAACGCGUACAGGUUUUAUAAUGGGCUCUUUACAAAACUUGGAGCGAAUAGAGGGACUCCACUUCGGCCAGGUUAUAUAGAAGUGUAUUUGUUUGGUCUUAUUGACGAGGAUGCCAAGAGCGUUGCACCAGGCAAUUUUGAGCGGCACUGGGGGCUUUUCAGAUACGAUGGACAGCCUAAAUUUCUAAUCGAUCUCACUGGUCGGGGUCAAAAUAAGUUGCUAAUUCCUGCACAGAACGUGGAAUAUCAGCCUCAGAAGUGGUGCACGUUUAAUGCAGGCGCCAAGGACGUGAGCAAGCUAGUAGAUAAUAUAAACUUCGCUUGCACUUAUGCAGACUGCACAACUCUCGGAUACGGGUCCUCCUGUAACAGUUUGGAUGCCAAUGGGAAUGCUUCAUAUGCGUUCAAUGCAUAUUUCCAGACUCAGAAUCAGGAUCCUGAUAGCUGUAAUUUCCAAGGUUUGGCCACAGUUACCACUAAAAAUAUUUCGCAAGGGAGCUGCAAUUUCACAAUUCAGCUAGUUGCAUCCUCCACUUCUAUAUUGCGCCCACUGAUUGUGUUGACGGUGAUCUCGAUGGCUUAUACCUUUUUGUUACAGUAGUUUUGAUUGUAGAUAUCAGUAUGAUGAUUUAUUAUUUGAAUUUUGCUAAGCCGUCUCUUGUAUCUCCCAUUUGAUUGAUUUGCAGUGUGACAUUACAAUUUAACAGAGUUCAUAUUCCUUCUA